AUGGAGCCGCCACCGGGGCCACCAGACCUCCAGCUGUGCCCAGGGCCUCUCACUCAUCUGGGGCGGCUGGAGAACUCCGAGGGGACACUGGAGAGACGAGGCGACGGGCCAACUCCACCAGGCCGCUGGGACAGGGUCCUCCAAGAGCAGGCGGCCUUCCGGCAGGAUUGGAUGCGUCGCUCCCUGCAGCUGCCUUCGGAGCAGACGGUGCGGAUUCUGCAUGCCAAAGUGGCUCAGAAAUCUUACGGGAAUGAGAAGCGGUUCUUCUGUCCUCCGCCGUGCGUCUACCUUGCGGGCCCAGGCUGGAGGCUCAAGGCUGAGCAGGGGCAAGCGCCGGAGGCCGGGGAGUUGGGCCCCACGGUCUGCGGCUACAUGGGCCUGGACGGGACGGCCGAGACGCAGAAGCUGAACUUCGAGGAGCAGCCCGACUCCAGAGAGUUCGGUUGCGCCAAGGCCCUGUUCAUCUCGGACGCCGACAAGAGGAAGCACUUCCGCCUGGUGCUACGCCUGGUACUUCGAGGAGGCCGAGAACUGGGCACCUUCCACAGCCACCUCAUCAAGGUCAUCUCCAAGCCCUCGCAGAAGAAGCAGUCCCUGAAGAACACUGACCUGUGUAUCUCCUCCGGCUCCAAGGUGUCCCUUUUCAACCGGCUGCGCUCCCAGACCGUGUCCACCCGCUAUCUGUCGGUGGAGGGAGGCGCCUUCAUCGCCAGCGCUCGCCAGUGGGCAGCCUUCACCCUGCACCUGGCCGACGAGAGGGUCCCCCCGGGGGACUUCCCACUCCGAGAGGGCUACAUACGCUACGGCUCCCUCGUGCAGCUCGUCUGCACCGUCACUGGGGUCACUCUGCCCCCCAUGAUCAUCCGCAAAGUGGCCAAGCAGUGCGCCCUCCUGGACGUCGAUGAGCCCAUUUCUCAGCUGCACAAGUGCGCGCUCCAGUUCCCCAGCGGGGGCGGAGAGGGCGGCCUCUACCUGUGUUUGGCCACCGAGAAGGUCGUGCAGUUCCAGGCUUCGCCCUGCCCGAAGGAAGCCAACCGGGCCCUGCUGAACGACAGCUCCUGCUGGACGAUCAUUGGCACCGAGUCGGUGGAGUUCUCCUUCCGCGCCAGCCUCAGCUGUGCCCGAGAGCCCGUCACCCCCGUGCCCCUCAUCAGCACCCUCGAGCUGAGUGGCGGAGGAGACGUGGCCACCUUGGAGCUGCAGGGAGAGAACUUCCACGGGGGCCUCAAAGUCUGGUUCGGUGACGUGGAGGCCGAAACCUUGUACAGGAGCCCCCGCUCGUUGGUUUGCGUGGUGCCGGAUGUGGCGGCCUUUGGCAGCGACUGGCGUUGGCUGCGGGUCCCAAUCACGGUUCCUCUGAGGCUGAUGCGGGCGGAUGGGCUCCUCUACUCCAGCGCCUUCUCCUUCACCUACACCCCGGAGCAGAACGGCCUGGCCGGACUCCCAGGCCUCCCCGAAAGGCCCCAGGACUCUGACACGUUUCUAGACAGCAUUCACCACGAGUUCACCCGAACCAACUUUCACCUCUUCAUACAGAACUAG